GGUGGGCACAGACGGCAGCCCGAGAAACCGGAAGAGGAAGUGGUUGCGCCAACCGGGCCGUGGCAAUGCAGAGGGAGGAGAAACAGCUUGAGGCAUCAUUAGAUGCACUGCUGAAUCAAGUGGCUGAUCUGAAGAAUUCGCUGGGGAGUUUCAUUUACAAGUUGGAAAACGAGUAUGACCGGCUGACCUGGCCCUCUGUCCUGGACAGCUUUGCAUUGCUCUCUGGACAGUUGAACACUCUGAACAAAGUCUUAAAGCAUGAGAAGACACCACUGUUCCGUAACCAGGUCAUCAUCCCUCUGGUGCUGUCCCCAGACCGAGAUGAAGACCUCAUGCGUCAGACUGAAGGACGAGUGCCUGUUUUCAGCCAUGAAGUCGUCCCUGACCAUUUGAGAACCAAGCCUGACCCUGAAGUUGAAGAGCAGGAGAAACAGCUGACAACAGAUGCUGCCAGAAUUGGUGCUGAUGCAGCUCAGAAGCAGAUCCAGAGCUUGAAUAAAAUGUGCUCAAACCUUUUGGAGAAAAUCAGCAAAGAGGAACGAGAAUCAGAGAGUGGUGGUCUCCGGCCAAACAAGCAGACUUUCAACCCUGCAGAUACUAAUGCCUUAGUGGCAGCUGUUGCCUUUGGGAAAGGGCUGUCUAAUUGGAGACCUUCAGGUAGCAGUGGUCCUGGCCAACCUGGCCAGCCAGGAGCUGGUACAAUCCUUGCAGGGGCCUCAGGAUUACAGCAAGUUCAGAUGGCAGGUGCUCCAAACCAGCAGCAGACAAUGCUCAGUGGAGUCCAGAUGGCUCAAGCAGGUCAACCAGGGAAAAUGCCAAGUGGAAUAAAAACCAACAUCAAGUCAGCUUCAAUGCACCCCUACCAGCGGUGAGUGUGGACAGCAAGCAGCCUCCACUCUCAGGUGAUCUGUGCCGAGUUGGGCAAUGAAAUUGUCUUUUGCUCAAGGCUUACCUAGAUGGGUACAAUAAAAAAAACACAGGCUUUCAGCAAGAGACAAAUCUCAGCUCCACUGUGAAUAGCUGUGUGAACUUGGGAAAGUGACCUAAUUUUUCUGAGCCUGUGUUCUCAUUUGUAAAUCAUGAUAAUACCUACCUCAUAGGGUUGUUGUGAGGAUUAAAAUGAGAAAAUGAAUGUAAAACACUUAGCAUGGUAUAUGAAAUAUUGGGUCUUGAAUAAAUGAUCGUUUCUUACUUUUCCAUCCUGCUAUUCACUGUCCUGUACCCAGAACUUACUGUGAUUCAUACAGCUCCAUGACAUUGGCGAGCUAAUAGAUACAGGAUCAAGUAAUCCAGGAACCAGGGCAGCCUGUAUGUUUUGGAGGUGUAUUGUUUCUGUAGACUCUCCUGCCUAGGUUCCAUCCUGCUGGCUCCAUCCAAGCUGCAGGCAAAGAGGUUUCUGGGCUGGGACACUGUCCACCUACAGGUCUGAUGAAACCAGUUCAGCUUUUACCUGGGAAAUAGGUAAAAGCACCCAUCUUUUACCCUGCUCUGCUUAUGAAGAUGUCUAGGGGCCAGUAGAUGGGAGAUUUCUUAGGAGGUGACCUCGUCAGGCAAUAGCACACAUAAAAUACCAUCUUCUGCCUUUGAGAGGAGUUGGGCUUCACACUGUCAUUCAUCAGGGUUUGUUUGUCCUUCCAUUUCCCUAAACAUGUGGCUCAGAUAAGAUCCAGAUUGAAAGUGGGAAGGGCAACAGCCUCAUUCACCUUGCCUGCUUUUGUAGAGUUGAACUGAAGUUUUGAACAGGCAGCCAUGUUGCCUUUCUCAGCAUUCUUUUGUGGGCAAGGGCAGGAAUUGAGUCAGCAGAAGUGGGCCAAAGGGUUUCUUUGUUCAAUAAAGUUAUUUAAAUUGA